GCCACUACUCGCGCUACUGUCCGAACUUCUGCUCGCGUUACCUGCCGAGCUGCCACUCGCGUUACCUGCCGAGCUGCCACUCGCGCUACUCUCCGAGCUACUACUCGCGCUACUGUCCGAACUUCUGCUCGCGUUACCGUCCUACGCGCUACGAUCUGAGCUGCUGCUUGCGCUGCGGGCCUCGCGGUACUGUCGGAGCUGCUGUUCGUGCUACAGUCCGAGCGGCAAUGCCAAAACAAUCAUUUAGACAACGUGAGUUGUCUAAAUUACGCAAGUUGCUGAAGCAAAGAUUAAUUUGGAGAGAAGAACGUGAUAAUUUAGCCUUGACUAUCAAGUUGGAGGACGAAUUGGAUGAGAUGCUGCUGCAAUACUUUUAUUAUAUUAGCUCGAGGAGAUACCUCGCUGAUAGGAGACUUCUCAAAAGAGCGGCUUCUCGUUUGGAGCACUAUCUACUGUUCACGCCAGCAGAUUGCUUUAAAAUUCAGUUUCGACUGAGUCGUCCAUACUUUUACGCGGUGGUGGGUCUGGUGAAGAACACUAGUGUGUUUCGCAAUCUCGCUGUUUGCGUUGAGCUUCAUUUGCUAGUCACGCUGAAGUUCUUUGGUACAUGUGGCAAUGGUGCCACACCAAACAAACUCGCUGACUUUUUCUCUAUAGGCACUGGUACAGUGACGCUGUACGUUCAACGCACGGUUGAUGCGCUGGUGAGUCUCCGAGAAAACGUGAUCGCCUGGCCCACCGAUACCAAGCGGCGAGAGCUAUCCUCGAGAAUAAAGCAGAGGUGGAAAUUCCCUAACUGUGUGGGAUUCGUUGAUGGAACAUUGCUGCCACUAGAAUUCAAGCCAAGACUAUUUGGAGAAGACUAUUUUUCACGAAAAAUGUACUAUGCCGUCAACUGUUUGGUAGUGUGCGAUGACAAAGGCCGAAUUCUGUAUUUGAAUGCUGGUUGGGUGGGGUCAGCCCACGACAAUAGAAUAUGGGAGAACUCGAAGCUAUACGUUAAUCGCGACCGUAACUUCAACAAUCAAGAGUAUCUCCUUGGGGACAGCGCCUACACACCUUCUGCGGUAAUGGUUCCUGCUUUUAAGCGACCUCCAAAUGAGGUGAUGCCUUCUCUACAGGAGUGGUUUAACAGCCACCUCGCGCAAGCACGAAUUAAAGCUGAGCACACUAUCGGGAUGCUAAAAGGGCGUUUUCAAUGGCUGAAGAGGAUACGAACUUUGAUAUCGAAGAAGGAAGACAUGAAGCGAUUAAUUCGAUCUGUCGACGCGCUAGCAGUCAUUCACAACCUAGUUAUAGGCGACGAUCCACCCAUCGUCGAGGAGGAAAGUAGUGACGAAGAGGAAUUGCACAUCGAUGUUACUCAAAGCGAUGAAAGGCGACAGCAGAUCAUGCAGUUUCUUUUGGACGACAUAGAUGACUAG